UCGGUUAUGGUUUAACAGCUGCCGCCUGUAUGAUGAAGCCCCGCCCACUGUGUAUUGUCGCCUUCUCAUUGGAGAAAUGUUUUGCCACCGACAUACUUCGACUGGCACUAGCAAAUAAUCUUUCGGAAAAUAAGUCCUAAAACAGCGGCGGUCCUCGUGUUUGUGGUAUGUGUGCUCAGUGCUCUUCAGUACAGUAUUUCAUCCCAAGCUUUCGGAUCAUACUUUUGAUGCUUCAGCUGACAUGGAUUGAUGUGGACGGGAAUUCAGACUCCAAAAUCAGGGCAUAAGCUAUGAUUUAGCUGGGUGAAACCCAGAGCUGGGAGUCCAUGAUGAGCAGCAACCAGGGGCGGAGCUUAAUCAACCCUUUAGUUCAAAGUAAGAUGGAAGGAGCCAUUGGCACCAUAAUCCCUCCGGGUCUUCCGAAAGCAGAUAGCUUGUCACAUUAUUCCCAUGACAAAUCUCUACCAAUACCCCGAGGCUACUUCUCUUACUCUCUCAAUGGACAAGAUGCCCUUGACUUGAAUUGUCUGUGGGACUCUCCUAAGACUUGUGUAAGAAAUGGAUCAAGCCCAGGGAUCCAUCCAUCAGCCACCGAGGGCAUUUACAGGCCUGAAAAUAUAUCUUUCUCUAUGGAUGCUGGUGGUCGCCCUGUCGGACCCCAAGAGUUGGCUGCGAAGCAAAGGUUGGCUUAUUAUGUCAACAGUCCAAGACAUCACAGUCCCAGAGCUGCUGGGGUCAUCUCACCGGUGGCUGCUCCGAAGGGUCACAUUAGAGUAUCGGGAAUAUCUUCCACAGAUGGGGAAGGCUGUGUUGGAUUGGCCGUUCCAAAACCCGUGUACGGUCAUAGCCCCUGCUGCACUGAGCGUGGAUGCACUGCGGGGCAUACAUAUGCCGAUGAACACGGGCCGCAUAGGAUGUCCCCUCGCGUGUAUGAGGACGAAUGGGCUGCACAUUUUAACCGCCUGGCAUACCUGCAUAAAAAGGGCCAGGAGGCGUUGGCACAACAGAGGGUUUUGCAUUUAGAGCGUGGUGCGGAGGGAAUACCAUUAAAGGAUGGAAAGACUGUGGGUUACCAUGGUAUCAGAUCAAAUGGGCCUGGGCGAUCGCUUCCUUUAAUGGAACCGAGCCAUAGCAGCUAUACCUAUAACACCACACAUCCAUUUAUUGGUUCCACGUCCGAGUACUGUCAGCGUGCCCCAGUCCCCCUACAAAUACACAGAGGUCUUUCGCCUGGUUAUGACCCGAGGACAUUGACACAUCAUACUGUUUCCUCUAAAGUAUAUCAGGAUCGUCCUCACAUUUCUAAAUAUACACAGAUGCCUCCAUGUUCCAGUGUCUACUACCCUCAGAGUCAAAUGGAGGCUUAUCGAGCAGAUCCUAAUGUUGUUACAGAUGAUCAUGCACGGCAACAUCACAUGGCUCACUUUCAUUCCCCCCGGCAACAUGUAACCAAUAUGCCAACUUCUUGCCCUGUUGUUCCUCCCCACCAUCCACUGAUACCAAAAUUUCCUACACACCCUGUGUAUGGAGUGCGUUUAAAUAGUAACCAGACAUCACUGCAUGAGAAGCAGUGUUCACCUAUACACAUGCACCAAUCUGAACGACCACUUGAUUUCUCUGUACGAAGGGUGCAGACACCUGACUCCCCUCGGGAACUUUGUAGACAGUCUGGAACUCCCGGGGCUUUCCAUCCCACACCGGGUCACUACAGACGUCUUAAUAGCACAGCUACAGAGAGGUCUGAGGGGGCUGGAACCGGCUUUGUUGGGGAUGGCUGUAAAGAUUUUACCAAUAUUCCCAAAUCCCAUGAAGAGCUUCUUAAGAAAAGAAACAGAGGCGAAACCGAAAGUGGUAGUGAAGUUGACGCAUCGAGUAAAAAGCAAAAGACUGAAACGGCCUCUGAGCAGCCAGAUGAGCCUCAGUCCCCAUCUGUUCCACCAAUGCCGGUCAUUAAUAAAGUUUUUAGUUUAGCUCCUUAUAAAAUUUAUUUUGAAGCCACAGGUAUGUUGCCCUCACAAGGGAAUUCAAAAAGUCCACAGGCUGACGCUACACAGCUUAAGCAAGAGCCAAAUAUUCAAAGUAGAGAUAUAGAAGCAAAUUCAGGUGAAAAUGACCUCAGCCCGAAACCUGAAGCUUCACCAGCUAACAGUAACGGUCUGUGUGGAGUGGACGAGAUUGUAAAGAUCAAAAAGGAAAAACCGGAUCCAGAUGAAACUGCUUAUCAGUCGGAUAUGAAAGUUUGUGUGAUAGAGGAAAUUAAUCACAGUUCGGUCAAAGAGGAGCAAGGGGAGUUGGACUCAAGCAUAUCUGGCUCUGUGCCUGACCACAUUGUGAUAAAAAGUGAUGUGGAAGAGGACAGCAAUCCACCCAUAGAAGAAAAAUCUGAAUCUUCAGCCUGUAAAACAGAGCAUCCUGUGGAAAAUGGUGUGGGAUCUGAUCCAGUUCCUACGUUGCCCUCAACCCCACCAGUUCAACCUCCAUUAACUAAAUUCUCCCUAGAUAAAAUCCCACUUCAUUGCCUUAAGUUGUCCAAUUAUAAGAUAGUCAUCCCCGAGGUCCUAAAAGCUCCAGUGUCCCAACCUGUUGUGCUUCCUCAGUCUCCUGUAGAGGCAAAGCCUACCGCAAGCAGUAAACAAGCCCGUCAUCAGUUUAUGGAGCUUCACCAGUCCCUCUGUAGACUUAUGUAUACCUUUGUUACUCGUACUCCAUGUCAAGAGCUCAGGGAUUGGUUAUGUAAAAUGGACCUUCGAGAAUCGGUCUCUCAUUCAAGCAAAGCCCAGCGAGUGUCUUGCCUCAUAGGGUCGAAAAUAAGGGAAGUGUGGCUAAAAAGCGAAGAGAUGGUGGUGACUCUUCAAAAGGUUGUCUUCCAGCUUCAAACGUACAUCGAAAGUCACAGAUGUCCCUUUCCUCAUGUCAUGAGGGCCGGUACUGUGUUCAUUCCCAUGCUGGUGGUGAAAGAGGUGCUGUUUCCUCAGGUUCAGGGCGCAUUCAUAGACCAGGUCCUGCAGGAACAUCGGGUGGAGCUGAGACCCACCACCCUUUCAGAAGAGAGACAGCUGACUCAACUCCACCGAAAAGCUUUUUCCUCGAAACUUCGGAGGCUUUUGUCCCUAAAACACCUGCCAGAUAUCUACCCCGAUGUUCUUAACCUCCUCUACUACGCCAGUGUCUGCAAGUACCUGGAUUCAACUGCUACAGAUGGUGUCCAAAAAUUGCCAAGGGGCAAAAACCAACUUAACAUGCAAGAGAGAGAGUACGGACAGCUCAGAUGACUCCACUAUGCGUGUAAAUAGCCCAGAUAAAUUCUACCUCAAGUCCUCAACUGAAACCCCACGUGUGAACAACCUAGAAAACAGAUAUUGCCUGAAGACAAAGAAAGGCAGGGUAAAGAUUUCCUCUAAAAGGAGAUUUUUAGAA